GGCGGGGAGAAGAGGAGAAGACCGCGGCGGAGGCAGGUGAGAGGAGGAAGGAAGCGACGCCGCGGCGGGCACAGCAGCUCAGGCGGCGGCCCGGUUCCUGGGAGUGUCGGUGCGGCGUGGUGGUUGGGGCGGAUCCCGCGGGGCCCGGGCGGGGGAAGGAGUCACCGGCCCGGCCAUGGCGGACAACGAGAAACUGGACAACCAACGGCUCAAGAAUUUCAAGAACAAAGGCCGCGACUUGGAGACUAUGAGAAGACAACGAAAUGAAGUUGUAGUUGAAUUAAGGAAGAAUAAAAGAGAUGAACAUCUCUUAAAGAGAAGGAAUGUACCACAUGAAGAUAUCUGUGAAGACUCUGACAUAGAUGGUGAUUAUAGAGUGCAAAAUACCUCUCUAGAAGCUAUUGUUCAAAAUGCUUCAAGUGAUAACCAAGGAAUUCAGUUAAGUGCAGUUCAAGCUGCUAGGAAGCUUUUGUCCAGUGAUCGAAAUCCACCAAUUGAUGACUUAAUAAAAUCUGGAAUAUUGCCUAUUUUAGUCCAUUGUCUUGAAAGAGAUGACAAUCCUUCUUUACAGUUCGAAGCUGCAUGGGCUUUGACAAACAUUGCGUCUGGAACCUCUGAACAAACUCAAGCAGUAGUUCAGUCCAAUGCUGUGCCACUUUUCCUGAGGCUUCUCCAUUCACCCCAUCAAAAUGUCUGUGAGCAAGCAGUGUGGGCAUUGGGAAAUAUCAUAGGUGACGGGCCACAGUGUAGAGAUUAUGUCAUAAGUCUUGGAGUUGUGAAACCUUUACUUUCCUUCAUAAGUCCAUCUAUUCCUAUAACAUUCUUAAGAAAUGUUACUUGGGUUAUGGUCAACUUAUGUCGCCACAAAGACCCACCACCCCCAAUGGAAACCAUUCAGGAGAUUCUUCCAGCUCUUUGUGUUUUAAUUCAUCACACAGACGUAAAUAUAUUGGUAGAUACGGUCUGGGCCCUCUCUUACCUUACUGAUGCUGGCAACGAACAGAUACAGAUGGUAAUAGACUCUGGAAUAGUCCCUCAUUUGGUUCCUCUGCUCAGCCACCAGGAAGUUAAGGUUCAGACAGCAGCACUUCGAGCUGUGGGCAACAUUGUUACUGGAACUGAUGAGCAAACACAAGUAGUUUUGAACUGUGAUGCUCUUUCACACUUCCCUGCACUUCUGACACAUCCCAAAGAGAAAAUUAAUAAAGAAGCAGUGUGGUUCCUCUCUAACAUCACCGCAGGAAAUCAGCAGCAGGUUCAGGCAGUAAUUGAUGCCAAUCUUGUACCAAUGAUAAUACACCUUUUGGAUAAGGGAGAUUUUGGCACUCAGAAAGAAGCCGCAUGGGCCAUAAGUAACUUAACAAUUAGCGGAAGGAAAGAUCAAGUGGCCUACCUAAUCCAACAAAAUGUUAUCCCACCUUUUUGCAAUUUGCUGACUGUAAAAGAUGCACAAGUUGUGCAAGUAGUACUCGAUGGACUAAGUAAUAUAUUAAAAAUGGCUGAAGAUGAGGCAGAAACCAUAGCCAAUCUUAUAGAAGAAUGUGGAGGACUGGAGAAAAUUGAACAACUUCAAAAUCAUGAAAAUGAAGACAUCUACAAAUUGGCCUAUGAGAUCAUUGAUCAGUUCUUCUCUUCAGAUGAUAUUGAUGAAGAUCCUAGCCUUGUUCCAGAGGCAAUACAAGGUGGAACAUUUGGUUUCAAUUCAUCUGCCAAUGUACCAACAGAAGGGUUCCAGUUUUAGAAAGAUGUUGUGGAAGUUAGGUACAGUGCAGCACUGAGAUAUAUAUAUAUAUACACAUAUAUAUAAAAAGGUUUGAUCCAUCAAGCUUGGCUCAUGGGAUCUGCUGCUGCAUUAAAUCGGGAAAGAAAAUGUGAAGAUUUCAUUUGGAAUCACAGAAAAUGCCCAAAUGAGGUCAAGAUGGCGAGUGGGUGCGAGUGAGAAUGAGUGGCAAAAUGUAACGAAAACUUUACAUGAAUGCUUAUUUAGGUUGUUCAGAGUAAAAGGGCUACAGGUCACAGAUCUUCAGUGCCUGAGGAGGAACAUUGACAUUAUAUCAGCUGAGGGGAAAGUGCAGUAAUGUCAUCUUCAAGCCUUGUAAGCAUAAAAGAGAAUAGGAUGCCCAUAUAAGUCAAAGGAAAAUGAGCCCAGGCCUUGCUAUGAAGCAGUGUGUGAAUGGACAAUGUUGAAUGAAUGUCUGGCUCAGUGAUAGAGAGCCAGGUUCAUCUUUGAAAUCUAGGGCUCUUCAUUCAUGAAGCAGACUCCUAGUCCUGGAGUGACUGUGUACGAGAGUAUGGUUGUGGUGCUGUAUGUGAACGCAUGCAAGCUUGAUUUGCCUUCAGGGGGCUGAUAACAAACCUAGUAAAUCAUCAAAGUGA